AUGGCCCUUGUGCCAGGGAGCAGUGAGGAGGAUGGGCCUUGGCCUAGAGGUAACCCUGAAAGUCCCAGGCUGACCAACCCUCUCAGGCAGGACACAGGAGACACUGCCAGGAUUGAUGAAGGUCACCAGGAUGAUCAGGUUGUAUCUCCUAAGUCCCGCCUGCCCUCCAUUGUGGUGGAAGCCGCUGAAGAGAGUGAGGUGCUCCGCUGGCCUCAGGAGGAACUGCUGCCACUCACUGACAGUGAAGGAGAGGCUGAGGCCUUCUUCCAGGACCCAGAUGAAGAACCAGUGUGGGCUUGGAGCCCACAAGACCCCAGAUCUCCGUUAAGAACCCCUAUCCCAGGACUCGGCUGGGGGCCAGAGCAGGAAGAGCAAGAUGCCUCCUGGAUUCCCAAGGAAGUGGGGUGUCAGGAAGCUCCCAACCUCUAUCCUCUCUGGGACCUGGCAGCGGGCUCUCAGGUGCAUAGAGGCUGCUUUACGGAAUCUUCCCAUCUCCUGCCUCCCAGUGGCUUUGAGGGUAAGUACCAUUCUCUCUGUUACAGAUGA